AUGGCACACUCUGAUUUAUUCUACGAACCACCCAAGGGAGAAACAUCCGGUCUUCCCCAUGAUCCCUUCAAGAGCUUUGUGAUCCCCAGGCCCAUCGGAUGGAUAAGUACAACAAGCAAAGAUGGCCAGGACAAUCUUGGCCCAUUCAGCCAAUUCAAUAAUGUGUCGUUUGACCCCCCGACGAUUUUGUUCAUCGGUCACCAGUCUGCAUACAAACGUCGCAGUAAGGAUUCAGUUGUGAAUGCUAGCGAUACUGGCGAAUUUGUAUGGAACAUGGCAACAUAUGAUCUGCGUGACGCUGUUAAUGCUUCCUCGCUCGAAUCAUGGGAUGACGAGUUCCCAAUUGCCAAUGUUUCAAAAGCGCCUAGCCGGAUUGUGAAGCCACCUCGGGUAGCAGAAUCGCCCGUAAGCUUUGAAUGUAAAGUUCACUCUAUUGUGAGGGUUGCUGGAGACACCUUCGUGGGCAAUUCUGAUAUCGUCAUUGGCCGUGUGGUGGGCAUCCACGUUAAGGGAGAAUAUAUUACACCAGACGGGCUCUUUGACGUAUUAAAAGCUGCUCCUCUUGCACGGCUCGGCUAUAAUCAAUAUACUGCUAUCAACAAUGUGUUCGACAUGCGUAUGCCGAUGAUGCCAGAUGAUAAAUAUAGUGCUGGUGUACUCGGAGGAUCUAUUAAGGAUGUUCAUGAAGCGGAAGAGGUGUACCAGAGAGACAAGGCGGAGGGAGCCAAAUAG